AUGUCAUUCAUAAGCAGACACGAACUCCUGUCCAUCGCCCUGCGCGUGGUCCAGCUCAUCUUCGCCGUCAUCGUCGUUGUCCUCAACGGCAUCUACCUGCACUACUUCGACAGCCCGUACUACCAUGCCCACUUCUCAGAGGUUUUUCGCUCCGGCUACGCAGUGUUCAUCGGCAGCGUUUCCAUCCUGCUAAUCAUCGGUAUGGCUGUAUUCCACCAGAUGAACCGCCGCCUGGCUAUUUUUGGGUCCUGGAUUGUUGAUUUGAUCGUCGGCAUCAACUGGUUUAUCGUGUUUGGAAUGUUUUUGGGCGCGCAUGAGGCGUAUGAGGAGACUUGUGGUUUUUACAUCCUUCGCCGCUACUAUCGACGCUGGUAA